UCAGACUCCAACCAGUAGGUGCCAGUAAUGGGCUUUGUCCCUUUGUUUUGUGUCAAUAAAGAAAAGAGGCUACGUUUUUAGCAGUAAUGGAGUUCCCCCGGCACGCCCUGCAGCUCCUGUCAGGCCUGCGUUCUCAGCGUCAGCGUGGGUUCCUGUGCGACUGCACCGUCUUCGUGAGUUCCUCACGUUUCCUGGCCCACCGUGCUGUCCUGGCCUCCUGCUCUCCAUUCUUCCACAUGUUCUACUCUGAUCCCCCAGGGGGCACCGGGGCCAGCUCGGUCACGCUGGACGGGGACAUCGUGACGGCGGCGGCGUUCGGCCUGUUGUUAGACUUCAUGUACGAGGGUGUGCUGCGGCUUGAGGCCCCUCCCCCAGCAGAGGACGUGCUGGCGGCGGCAAGCUUCCUCCACAUGAACGAGGUGGUCCGGGUGUGUAAGAGACGGCUACAGCACCGACCACCACCAGCUGAGGCAGACAGCACGCGCCCGGAGGAGAGUGGAGUGGCGGUGGUGGGUGCAAGUGGACCCGGAGUUGGCAUGGUGGCAACAGGAGCUGCCAAAGUGAUGGCGAUGUCAGUGUCUCAGUCUGCGUCAGUUGCGAUGCAGAGAAGCCAGUUGGGCUGUUAUACGAGGUCAGAGAGGAGGGUGGAGGUUCAUGCACACGCCCCUCUGAGUCCUGACAUGGCCGACACCACCCAGCCGGGCAUGGACCACGCCCUCCUUCAUGUGGGUGAGCUGGUUACCCUUUCCUCCGGUCCCUCUCUCAGGCUGGGAGGUCAGAGAGAGGUUCAGGGGGGCUCGGCCCUUUGCAGCCCCUGCAGCUCCACAGAGUCAUACAAUCUCAGCAGCCACCAUCGCCAGCCCUCUUCAUCAGCAGGUACAUCAUCAGUGGUACCUGUGACCCAGACUGAUGGCUCCAGCUCCAUGGUGGGGAUACUGACCCAGUCUGACCACAGCAGCUCCUCCAGCCCAGAACAGGACAGCCAUGACCCUGUCUCUAACAAGAGCACAGUAAUCACACCAGGCAUGCAAUGCCAGCAGCAUGGUCUCAGUAUCAACACACACCCUCAGAUUAGAAUACAGCCUCCACACUCACUCCUCACCUCACCUCCCAACCUGAACCUUGUAACCCAUCAGGGCCAAACCUCAGCCCUGUCAAGGCCUGACGGGCUGCAGCAUGGGGGGUCAGAGAGGGAGAGCAAGGAGGCUAGUGAACACUCUGACAUGGGGACUGUGGGUGUGGAGGAGGUGGAGCAGGGGGAAGGGGUGAAGGUAAAGGUGGAGGCCAUAGUGAUCUCAGAUGAGGAGUUUGAGGAGAUGGAAGGAGUGAUGAUAAGGAGAGGAAUGAAUGGGGGUAGAGAACGAGGGAUGAUGGAGGUAGAGGACAGGAAUGUUUUUAACGACGAUAAUAAAGACAGAGAUGAACUAAACAACCCCCACUUCAUCCCUCCUCACCCCCACCACGCCUCACUCCAGAUGACCCACUCCCACCCCUCUGAGCCUUUCUCCUUCUCCUUCUCCCCCUCCGGACCCAGCUCCACUUCUUCUGAUGCUCCCCCUUUCCCCUCCUCCCUCUUCCCCUCCGUGGGCCAACAUUCCGACCAGCCCGUCUACUUCCAGGAUUCCAUGGGGAACUAUGUCGAGGACGUCCCCACGUGCAGUGUCUGUGGAAAGACGUUCUCGUGCGCGUACACCCUGAGGCGACACGCCAUCGUGCACACACGUGAGCGUCCCUACGAGUGCCGCUACUGUUACCGUAGCUACACGCAGUCAGGUGACCUGUACCGCCACAUUAGGAAGGCUCAUGACUCCAGCCUGCCAGCCAAACGCAGUAAAGGAGACACUGAGGAGGGCCAGCCUCCACACAGCUAACACACACAGCUAGCUGUAUACUUCUCCAUGCUACGGAGAAUGACACAUUAUUUAUGCCUUCCCCCUUCCAACACCAGACAUCCUGGUCUUGCAUGUCCAUGGCAAUGAUCUGAGAUACUUCCAAACGGUCUGGGAUACUUCCCAUGAUCUGGGGCACUUCCAAACGGUCUGGGAUACUUCCCAUGAUCUGGAGCACUUCCAAACGGUCUGGGAUAUGUCAGAUACGUGUUUCCCUCCACCAGGAUGGUCUUUUCAGACAUUCCCAUUCCCGGGACUGAGUGGGCCCGGUGCUCAGUCAACAAGCUGGUGCUGGCUGGUGGUGUUUUAGCUAUUUUAAAUGGGACUUUCAGGACUUUUGUCUUUUACAUAUUGUACCAGUUGUCUUACUAUGACCUCAGUGCCAAAAUACUUUGUGUACUGUACUAUGUUAUAUAUUCCAGAUAAAUUGGCAGUUGUCAAGGGUACUGUUUUUUUGUCAACACUAAUAGCGUAAUGGUCUGUGAUACUUCUACCUGUAAGUCUCCAUUGUUGCCAACUUUUACGAUUGGCUGAAUAUCACUACUACUUCAUUGCUGUGAAUAGAACACAUUUCUUCAGUCUAACAUACUUCCAUUGGAGUACUGUUCAAUAAAUGACUUCCAACACGA